CUCUCUCUCUCUCCCUCUCUCCCUCUCUCCCUCCGAUUCUAUUUAGGGUAUCGACAAUCGUCAAUGGGAUUUUGUUUUCCUAUUUAAGUUUUAUAUUCAUCUUACAAUAUGUUGGAAUAGUGAGAUUGAUAUUGCGUCACCACUUGGGAAGCAAUCAAUAUUUGACUAUCGUUAUUGCGAUAACCCAGUUCUUUUUUUUUUUUUACUGGUACUGGUAUUGGUACGGAAAUGUUUAGUGACCGAAUUAUGGUUUGUGGGACAAUUAACUGAUGAGAGUUAUUAUUUGAAGAAACAGCUUUUGUGUGCUAUGGUUUCAUAUGAUAUGUAACCUAUGAAUGAAAGAGACCAUCAAGAUAACCUUUCUGAGCCUCUAAGAGUUAUUGCUGCUCGAAUCUUGAUAUGUAGCUAAUCAUUGCUUCUUGAGGGUUGACCUUAUUAGUCUUGGUAAUAUUAAAGUUUUCUUGUCCGGUACUAUUCUUCCAUCAGGUGAUAUCAAGAUGCCACACGGUUAUGCUAGUGAAUAUCAUUGGGCAGGAAGCAGGGAAAAGCGUGAUUGAGGAAUAUUUACGUCGUAGGGGUCACUCAGAUGUUGGCAGUGGCGCACCAGCUGUUCAAACUUCAAAAUUUCAUGCGUAUGUCAAACCAUCAACAAACAAUGGUUCAGAAAGUGGAACCAAGAAACCAGUUAGAUCAGCUAAAGGUGUUGCUAACUCUGCUUAUCAGAAUGAACCUAGGAAAGUUACAGUUCCCAGUUAUCAGGCGGAACCAAAGAAGAAUGCUUAUCAAGAAAAUAAGGUUUCAACUGAGGUGAGCGAGUCAAGCCAAAAGGGGAUCCAAGGUAAUUCUAGGAAGAAGAAAGCUGGGAAAGUCAUCUCACUUGCAGAGGCUGCUAAGGGAUCAAUUGUGUUCCAACAGGGGAAACCUUGUCAAUGCCAAGCCCGCCAGCACGGACUGGUGAGCAAUUGCUUAUCUUGUGGCAAGAUAGUAUGUGAACAAGAAGGAGAGGGGCCUUGCAGUUUCUGUGGUUCCCUUGUUCUAAAAGAAGGGAGCACCUAUGCUGGUCUUGAAGGAAAUUUGGCUCCCCUUUCAGAUGCUGAAGCAGCAGCUGAAGCUUAUGCUAAAAGGCUUGUUGAUUAUGACCGAAACUCUGCAGCACGUACAACUGUUAUUGAUGACCAAAGUGAUUACUAUGAGAUUGAAGGCAACAGUUGGCUGUCAAAGGAGGAAAAGGAGCUUUUAAGGAAGAAACAGCAGGCUAUAGAAGAAGCUGAAAGAGAGAAGCGAAGUAAAGUGGUUGUGACUUUUGAUUUAGUGGGGCGCAAGGUGUUGGUAAAUCAAGAUGAAGUUUCAGAACUAGAGUCAGAGAACAGAAUAUUACGGCCACAGGAUGAAAGAGAAAGAGAAAUGAAUCGAAUAAAACCAAAUCCAACUCUUGCUAUACAACCAAUCUUCAUGGAUCCCGGCCCUAGUACAAAGCCAGUGAAGGGUAAGCAGCGAGACAAGGUCCUUCCAAAUGGUUUAUGCUUGGAAGUCACUGGAAGGGUGCAGCAUGAUAGCAAUCAGUUGAAAUAUUUUAUGAUAGACACUUGACCACUAGUUAUAAACACUGCAGAAAAUGGGCUGUAUUCUUCAGGUCCAUUAGUGAAUAUCGAUAUGCUUAUGGAAAGUGAAAAAGAAAGUUCUCUGGACGGCCAUUGAGGUCAAGUAUUUGUUUUUUUUUUAAAGCAAAAUUGAGUUAAAUGUUCAGGUGUUGUUUCUCUGUACAAAUAUCAUUUGUUUGCCGAGGGUUUUGCAACUUUAUUUUCUCAACUUGUUAUUCGCCUGGAUGAGGGAGUAGGGGGGAACUGCAAAAUGAAAGUUGUAUUUGCCAUAGUUGAAAAAGCAGUUACGCUAACGCCUGUUUCAUAUGCUAAUAAAAUAAUAAGAUUUCAAUUUCUUUUCUUUUAAAA